AUUUUCUCUCCUUCAUAACCGACUCUCUCUCUCCCCUCUCUUCUCUCUCAUCUUUCUUUCUUUUCUCUCGUUGCGUGUGGGGAGAGGAAAUAUGAUUUUAAGUGCAACAAACAGCACAAGAUAGAAGGCGGUUUCACCAUUAAUGGGAUUCUCUAUAGCUAUUCAAGAGCAAACACCACAAGAGGAUCAAGAAGCAAAGCCUUUCAUGGCUUCAAAUAGUGGUAGUUUUAAGAGCAUCAACUCAAGUACUACACCUACUCAACUUGAACCACUCCAUCUUCAUCAAAAUAAUCAUCAUCAUAAUCAUAAUCAAAUACAAGAGCAACAACAACACCAAAUUUCCUUCGGAAUGAUGCCAUCUUCUUCUUCUUCAUCUAUCCCAGGAAACUAUCUAAACAGAGAUUCCGGAGCUUAUGAUUUGGGUGAACUGGAUCAAGCCUUUUUCAUGUAUCUUGAUGGUCAGCCUGACCCCUCCACUCUUCAAGACCAAAGACCAGAGAACUCAUCAUCUUCAGGAAUGAGGCCACCAACUCUCAACAUUUUCCCCUCUCAGCCUAUGCACGUAGACCCCCCGCCAUCCAAUUCCAAGGCUACAACGGAAUUGGUUUCUGCCCAAACCAAUGGUUCCAAGAGACCAUCAGAGCCGUCCAUGGAAUCAACCAACCCGCGAAAUAAUGCCGCUUCUGCUCCUGAACCACCCAAACCUAUAAAGCGAGAGAACAACCGCAAGGGCACAACUUCAAGUUCUGAACAAGAGGGACCAAAAACACCAGAUCCUAAGACACUAAGAAGACUUGCCCAGAAUAGAGAGGCAGCAAGGAAAAGCAGGCUGAGGAAAAAGGCGUAUGUUCAGCAGCUAGAAACAAGUAGGAUUAAGCUGAAUCAGUUGGAACAAGAGUUACAGAGAGCCAGAGCUCAAGGCAUUUUCAUGGGUGGAAAUGCACUUUUGGGAGGAGAACAAGGCCUUCCUCUUCCUAUGACUACUAUUACCUCAGAGGCAGCAAUGUUUGACAUGGAAUAUGGAAGGUGGUUAGAGGAGCACCACCGUCUAGUGUGCGAACUAAGAGCAGCGGUGCAGGAACACCUGCAGGAGAACGAGCUAAGAAUGUACGUUGAAAAUUGCUUGGGUCAUUAUGACCAAGUGAUUAAUCUGAAGAGCAUUGUGGCCAAAACAGACGCAUUUCAUAUUGUUUUUGGAAUGUGGAAAACACCAGCUGAACGCUGUUUCAUGUGGAUCGGUGGCUUCAGGCCUUCUGAACUCAUUAAGGUUAUUAUGGGUCAAAUUGAGCCUCUUACGGAGCAACAAAUAUUAGGGAUAUGUGGGUUGCAACAAACAACACGUGAGGCAGAAGAAGCUCUAUCCCAAGGGCUUGAAGCUCUCAAUCAAUCACUAACAGAAACCAUAACAUCAGAUUCAUUGAGUUCUCCACCAAACAUGGUUAAUUACAUGGGACAAAUGGCUGUGGCCAUGAGCAAGCUUUCAACUAUCGAAGGUUUCCUUAGGCAGGCAGAUAAUCUGAGGCAGCAAACACUGCACCGUCUGCAUCAGAUUCUAACAACACGGCAAUCCGCAAGGUGUUUGCUGGCAAUAGCGGAGUACUUCCAUCGCCUUAGAGCUCUCAGUUCUCUUUGGAUGUCACGCCCUCGCCAAGAAUAAUAAUAAUAAUAGUAUAGUGCCAUAUUCCAUACAUACAUAUGUAGCUCUAAAGCUAGCUACCUAGAUAUAUUUAUAUAUAAACUAUGCCCUAAUUAAUUGUAGCUUCAAAAAUUCUCUUCAUGUUUUAACUUAAUCA